AUGGGGACAAGUCCCAUGGAGCGCAAGUGGCUUUUGAUGUGGCUCUUGUUUGGAUUCAUCAAGGGGAACAGGACAGGUGUAUGCCCACUUCUUCCACCGACUGAAUUUGCUGAUGUUACUGCUGACAUGUAUCCACCAGAGACCAAACUGUACUAUACGUGUGACCCUGGCUAUGACAGAGAAGCUAGUGCAUACCCAGGAAUUCAGUGUAAGAUUGAACAGCAGGGUGCUGUUUGGAUAUACAAACCAUUUAAAUGCUUGGGUAAGAAAAACUUGUCAUCAGUGGCUCCCAUGAUGGAGUUAGAACUUACACAAAAGCCAGAGUUAGAACCAAUGAGCUCUGCACCCCAGAAGCAAGAAGACCUUUCAGAGUCCAAACAAAAAGAUUUCUGUGGUCCUCCCAAGACUAUUCCACAUGCCUCCAUAAGGCUGCCCCAACAGCAUUACGUGGGACAAGUCUUACAUUUCAAAUGCCAGACAGGUUAUGAUAAGAGACCCCCCACCUUUGGCAGCAGGACGUGCAAGGAAGUGAAUGGCAAAACCUUCUGGACCCCCCUUGAUAUGAGAUGCACCAAUGACAGCACCCAGUGGCCACCACAGACCAUUGAGCCAGGUGUGAAUCUUCUGUCCUCUUUCCCUUCCUCAUCAGGGACACUGCCAGUGACUGGUUUUACAGCUAUCUGGUUUGUUCUGCUUAUCAUUCCCACUGCCUUUGUGUAA